AUUAUCUUUGGAACCAUCUGAAAAAUCAUCAUUAGAAACAUUCCAACGAUCAUCUUCGGAAGCAUCCAAAAGAUCACCAUCUCAAAGACUAUCCCAAAUAUUAGCUCAAAGACCUUCCCAUAAAUCAAAAUCCAAGCUGUAUGCACCAUUUAAGCCUCCAUACAAAGCAUCAAAUAAUCAACCUGCUGCCCCUUAUACUACUAAAAAAAAGCCAUCACGGCUUCCCCGACCUUCUCCAACACUAUUAACCCAAUCUAGCUCAUUGGCUCAACCAAGACCACCAUUAAACGAUCUAACAAAUC